AUGGCUGAUGAUCAUCAAAUGGAUGGAACAGAGGAGAUAGAGCUAUCUCAUCCUAAUUCUAACCAUCAUCAGAGGAGCAGUUCUGCUGCUGCUUCUGCUUUCAGCAGUGAGGAAAAUGAUGAAGGAUUUGAUGGAAGGUUUGCUUCUGAAUGGGCUGUUAUUGAGAGAUUGCCAACUUUUCAGAGGAUUAGGGCAUCUCUGUUUGGUGAUAUUAUUGCUGCUAAUGGAAAUGGAAAUGGAAAUGGAGGAAUUAAAAAGGGUUGUGAUAAUUAUGAUGGUAAUAAAAGGGUUGUUGAUGUUUCAAAGCUUGGUGCAUCUGAAAAGCAUCUGUUCAUUGAGAAACUCAUUAGGCAUAUCCAGAAUGACAACCUUAAGUUGUUGCAGAAGAUCAGGAAAAGAAUUGAUAAGGUUGGUGUCAAAUUGCCUGCAGUUGAAGUAAGAUAUCACGAUCUUCGUAUUGAAGCAGAAUGUGAAGUUGUUGAUGGGAAGCCUCUGCCUACUCUUUGGAAUAGUUUCAAAAGCAAUCUCUUGGACCUUACUAGGCUAGUAGGUUUAAAGCCACAAACAUCCAAGAUCAGCAUCAUUGAUGGUGUUAAUGGUGUAAUUAAACCAGGAAGGCUGACUCUACUACUUGGUCCUCCAGGCUGCGGGAAGACCUCAUUUUUGAAGGCUCUCUCAGGAAACCUUGGAAAUCCUCUCAAGGUCAAUGGGGAGAUUUAUUACAAUGGAUACAAGCUAUCAGAGUUUGUACCUCAAAAAACUUGUGCUUAUAUCAGCCAGUAUGACUUGCAUAUCCCUGAGAUGACAGUUCGAGAAACACUCGAUUUUUCGGCUUGCUGUCAGGGCAUUGGUAGAAGAGAAGAAAUUAUGGUGGAGCUCAGCCACAAGGAGAGAGAGGCUAGAGUUGUUCCUGAUCCUGAUGUAGAUACUUACAUGAAGGCGAUUUCUGUUGAGGGAAAAAGAACCACACUUCAAACAGACUACAUUCUGAAAAUACUUGGACUAGAUAUUUGUGCUGAUACAAUCGUCGGGGAUGCGCUCAGAAGAGGUAUCUCUGGUGGUGAAAAGAAAAGGUUGACAACAGGGGAGAUGAUAGUUGGCCCGACACACACGUUGUUUAUGGAUGAGAUAUCGAAUGGCUUGGACAGUUCGACAACACAUCAAAUUAUAGCCUGCCUUCAACAUCUGGCUCACAUUGCCGGUGCUACCAUCCUGGUUUCACUACUACAGCCUGCUCCCGAGACAUUUGAUCUCUUUGAUGAUAUCAUUUUGAUGGCUAAAGGAAAACUCAUAUAUCAUGGACCUCGAAGCAGUGUCUUGGAAUUCUUUGAAAGUUGCGGGUUUAGAUGUCCUGAAAGAAAAGGAGUGGCAGAUUUCCUUCAGGAAGUUAUCUCUGAAAAAGAUCAAGCACAAUAUUGGAAUGGAGGGGAAGGGACUUACAGUUACAUUAGUGUUGAUACAUUUUCGAGAAAAUUUGAAGAAUCCGAUUUGGGGAAAGCGCUGAAUGCACAUAUUUCUGUUCCAUUUGAAAAGUCUGAGGACAGUAAACGCGCAAUCAGCUUCAGUUCAUAUUCCCUUCCUAAAUGGACACUCUUUAAGGCUUGCAUAUCAAGGGAAUUGCUUCUCAUGAAGAGGAACUCUUUUGUUUACCUUCAUAAAACAAUUCAGCUGUUCAUCAUUGCAUCGAUGACAAUGACUGUAUUCCUGAGGAGGAGGACAGAUUUGAAUCUCAUCCAAGCGAAUCACUACAUGGGUGCCUUGUUUUUUGCUCUGAUAAAUCUUGUCAUUGAUGGAUUGCCAGAGCUGUCAAUGACUGUUGGGAGGCUGCCUGUAUUCUACAAACAGAGAGAUUUGUUCUUCUAUCCUGCUUGGGCAUAUACAAUUCCAUCUGCUGUUCUAAAGAUUCCGCUUUCAAUGCUGGAAUCCGCAGUUUGGACAUCCAUCACUUACUAUGGGAUUGGAUAUAGCCCUGAUUUGGGAAGGUUCUUCAGGCACAUGAUUCUUUUGUUUGCCCUCCACUUCUCAUCAAUAUCCAUGUUCCGUUUCUUGGCUUCUGUCUGUCGGACAGUGGUAGCUACUACAUUUGCUGGUAGCUUAUCAUUGUUGUUGCUAUCUUUAUUUAGUGGGUUCUUGAUCCCAAGAUCCUCCAUGCCAAUUUGGUUGAAAUGGGGGUUUUGGGUUUCUCCAAUGACAUAUGGUGAGAUUGGAUUAGCUUUGAAUGAGUUUCUCGCCGGCCGAUGGCAAAAGAUGCUUCCAUCAAAUACUACUACAGUCGGACUAGAAACUCUCAAUGCUCGUGGCCUUAACUUUGACAAAGACUAUUUCUGGAUUUCAGUUGGUGCCCUAUUUGGAUUUACAUUGAUUUUCAAUGUUGGGUUUACCUUGGCAUUGUCUUUCUUAAAUCCUGUUGGUUCUCGUGCCAUUAUUUCGAGGGAGAAACUCUCUGAAACGCAAAGAAGUAAAAGAUCUUCUAACAUCAUAUCACAUGCUGAUGAAAUGCCAGUUAGCUCUUCAGCUGAUAAAACUGGAGAUUGCCACAAAGGGAAAGUAAUCUUACCCUUUGAACCCCUCACUGUGGUAUUUAAAGAUUUGCAGUACUAUGUUGGAGCCCCUCCGGGAAUGAAGGAGAAUGGCUUCAACAAAAAAAGGCUUCAGCUUCUUCGUGACAUUACUGGUGCGCUUAAACCUGGAGUUCUCACAGCGCUUAUGGGCGUCAGUGGUGCUGGAAAAACUACUCUUCUUGAUGUACUUGCUGGUAGAAAGACCAGUGGCAUCAUAGAAGGAGAAAUUAAAAUUGAAGGGUAUCCGAAAGUCCAGAAGACAUUUGCCCGGGUUUCAGGAUACUGUGAGCAAAAUGACAUACACUCCCCUAACAUAACUAUUGAAGAAUCACUCAUUUUUUCUGCUUGGCUAAGGCUCGAUCCUCAAAUUGAUGCAAAAACUAAAUCUGAUUUUGUGAAACAAGUACUGGAGACCAUUGAACUUGAUAGUGCGAAAGACCACCUGGUGGGCAUCCCUGGUGACAGUGGUUUGUCAACUGAGCAACGCAAGCGGCUUACGAUCGCAGUGGAGCUUGUUGCUAAUCCUUCAAUUAUGUUCUUAGAUGAACCUACCACUGGACUGGAUGCAAGAGCAGCUGCAAUUGUCAUGCGAGCGGUAAAGAAUGUGGCUGAUACUGGAAGAACAAUAGUUUGCACCAUCCACCAACCAAGUAUUGGCAUUUUCGAAAAGUUUGAUGAGUUGAUUCUUCUGAAACCUGGUGGAAGAAUGAUGUACUAUGGGCCACUGGGAGAAAAUUCCUGCAAAGUGAUUGAAUACUUUGAGAGCACUGUGCUGGAUGAGGAAAGGGCAGAGCUGUGGGCUACUAUUGAGAGGCUGCCUACAAUGGAGCGGUUGAGAUGUUCUCUGUUUGAUGAAAUGACUGAGAAGAAUGAAGGUGGUGAUAAUACUCAAAGAAAAAAGGUGGUUGAUGUCACUAAGCUCGGCCCGGUGGAAAAGCAUCUGUUCAUUGAGAAGCUCAUCAAACACGUCGAGCACGACAACCUCGCAAUGUUGUACAAAAUCAAGAAGAGAAUGGACAAAGUUGGUGUAGCAUGGCCUACUGUAGAAAUAAGAUACAAGAAUCUCCAUGUAGAAGCAGAAUGUGAAGUUGUUUCCGGAAAGCCCCUCCCGACGCUUUGGAAUUAUUUAAGAAGCAUGAUUUUGGACCUUCCGAGGAUUGCUGGUAUAAGUUCACAAUUAUCCAAGAUCUGUAUACUUGCUGAUGUUAGUGGCAUUGUCAAGCCUGGAAGAAUGACUCUCAUAUUAGGUCCUCCAGGUUGUGGAAAGACUUCUUUACUUAAAGCUCUUUCAGGAAAUCUUGACAAAUCUCUCCAGGUUUCUGGAGAAAUAUCCUACAACAGAUUCAAACUAAACGAAUUUGUACCCCAGAAAACUUCUGCUUAUAUUAGCCAAUAUGAUAUGCAUGUUCCAGAAAUGACUGUGAGAGAAACCCUUGAUUUUUCAUCCCGUUGCCAGGGUGUUGGGAGCAGAGCAGCUAUAAUGAAUGAAGUAAUUCGGAAGGAGAAAGAGGGAGGAUUAAUUCCGGAUCCAGAUAUUGAUACAUACAUGAAGGGAAUCUCUGUUGAAGGCCAAAAGUCUACUCUCCAAACAGAGUACAUUCUAAAAAUACUUGGACUCGAUAUCUGUGACAAUACCAUUGUUGGAGAUGCCAUGAGGAGAGGUAUCUCGGGAGGUGAAAAGAAGAGAUUGACAACAGGAGAGAUGAUUGUUGGGCCUACAAGAGCAUUACUUAUGGAUGAAAUAUCUAACGGAUUGGAUAGUUCGACAACAUUUCAGAUUGUUUCUUGCCUUCAGCAAUUUGCACAUCUCACAGAUGCUACUGUACUAGUAUCCCUUCUUCAACCUGCACCAGAAACAUUUGAUUUGUUUGAUGAUAUCAUCUUAAUGUCUGAGGGAAAAAUUGUCUAUCAUGGACCAAGAGAAAGUAUUUUGACAUUUUUUGAGAAUUGUGGAUUUAAGUGCCCUGAAAGAAAAGGAGUUGCAGAUUUCCUUCAAGAGGCUAUCUCGAAAAAGGAUCAGGAACAAUACUGGUGUCGAAGUCAAGAAAGUUACACUUACCACUCUGUUGAUGCAUUAUCAAUGAAAUUCAAGGAAUCUGUGUGUGGUAAAAGUCUUGAAGAAGAGCUUUCAGAAUCCUUUUUGACAUCUGAGCGGCAGAAAGAAGCUAUUACCUUUAGUACUUUCAUGAUUCCUAAAUGGGAACUCUUCAAAGCUUGCUUGUGGAGAGAGCUUAUUCUCAUGAAAAGAAAUUCUUUCGUCUAUGUAUUUAAAUCACUGCAGCUUUUUGUAAUUGCUUCAGUUACUAUGACUGUAUUUCUUCGCACCAGAAUGGAUGUUGAUCUUCUUCAUUCAAACUAUUACUUGGGAGCUUUGUUUUUGGCUCUCACCAUGAUUCUAUUCAAUGGGACUCCGGAGCUGCCAAUGACUGUUGUACGACUAGGUAUCUUCUACAAGCAAAGAGACGUAUACUUAUACCCUGCUUGGGCUUAUGCAAUUCCAUCAGCUAUUCUAAAGAUUCCUAUAUCUCUUUUGGAGUCUGUAGUCUGGACAUCACUGACUUACUAUGUCAUUGGAUACAGUCCCGAGAUUGAAAGGUUCUUUCGCCAGUUGAUCUUGUUAUUUCUGGUUCACUUCACAUCAAUAUCCAUGUUUCGUUUUAUUGCUUCUGUCUGUCGGACAGUGAUUCUGUCUGCAUCAGUUGCCAGCUUUUCGAUAUGCUUUCUUCUACUAUUUGGCGGCUUCUUGAUUGACAGACCCUCCAUGCCAACGUGGUUAAAGUGGGGAUUUUGGGUUUGCCCUUUAGCAUAUGGUGAGAUAGGCCUAGCUUUGAAUGAAUUUCUUGCUCCAAGAUGGCAAAAGAUGCUUCCUUCAAACACCUCCAUAGGUAGACAAACUCUUGAAAGCCGGGGGUUGAAUUUUGAUGGGCACUUCUUUUGGAUUUCAGUUGGUGCUUUGUUUGGGUUUAUAUUAUUGUUCAAUAUCGGAUUUAUUUUGGCUUUAAGCUUCUUGAAUGCCCCACGCUCUCGUGUUAUUAUUUCAAGAGAAAAGCUCUCUCAAUUGAAAGGAGACACUAAUCCAGUUAGGUUGAACUCUCAGGAUAGGGUGAAUUACGAUCUUCCUAGUACUGGUCAUAUAGGAUCUUGUAAUGGAAAAAUGACUUUGCCUUUCGAACCAUUUUCUGUAGUUUUUCAGGAUCUGCAGUACUACAUCAAUGCUCCAAUGGCGACAAAGGAGCAAGGUUUAUCCAAGAAAAAGAUUCAAAUCCUUAGUGAUAUAACAGGUGCAUUUAGACCUGGUGUUCUUGCUGCAGUAAUGGGCGUUAGUGGAGCAGGAAAGACUACGCUUCUCGACGUACUUGCAGGAAGGAAAACAAGUGGCAUCACAGAAGGAAACAUUUGGAUUGGUGGAUUUCCUAAAGUUCAAAAAACAUUUGCUCGAGUUUUAGGUUACUGUGAGCAAACAGACAUACACUCUCCACAAAUUACAGUUGAAGAAUCAAUUAUAUUUUCUUCUUGGCUACGCCUUCACCCUCAAAUUGACUCAAGAACUAGAGCGGAAUUUGUGAAAGAGGUUUUAGAAACUAUCGAGCUGGAUGGAAUAAAAGAUUCUCUUGUGGGCAUUCAAGGCAUUAGUGGUUUGUCUACCGAGCAAAGAAAGAGACUAACAAUUGCUGUUGAGCUGGUUGCUAACCCUUCUAUCUUGUUCAUGGAUGAGCCAACAACUGGAUUGGAUGCAAAAGCAGCUGCAAUUGUCAUGCGGGCUGUGAAGAAUAUCUCUGAUACAGGAAGAACUGUUGUUUGUUCCAUUCACCAGCCAAGUAUUGACAUAUUCGAAGCAUUUGAUGAGGUAAUUCUCUUGAAAACUGGAGGACGGGUGCUGUAUUCUGGACCACUGGGGCAACAAUCCAGUAAAGUUAUUGAAUACUUUGAGGGAAUCUCAGGAGUGCCAAAGAUAAAGAACAAUUACAACCCAGCAACCUGGAUGUUGGAGAUCACUUCAACAUCUUUUGAAGCUGAACUCGGUUUAGAUUUUGCUGAGAUAUACCAGAAGUCUGCUUUAUACAAGCAAACCAAAGAAUUAGUGAGGGUAUUGAGCACUCCACUUCUUGAUUCAAAAGUCCUGGAAUUCCCAUCUCGUUUUCCGCUGAAUGGUUGGGGACAGUUUAAAGCUUGCCUCUGGAAACAGUACUGGUCCUAUUGGAGAAGCCCUUCAUACAAUAUUAUCCGUACGCUCUACAUGUUUAUAACAUCAUUAAUCUUUGGUUCCCUAUUCUGGGGUCAAGGCAAAAGGCUAGACAGUCAACAAAACUUGUUCAAUGUUCUUGGUGCAAUGUUCAGCUCUACAAUCUUUUGUGGCAUAAAUAAUUCUACGUUGUCCCAACGUUAUGUCAGCAGAGAGCGCAAUGUGCUUUAUCGUGAGAAAUUUGCUGGAAUGUACUCUCCAUGGGCUUAUGCAAUUGCUCAGGUCACCAUUGAGAUUCCUUAUAUAUUUAUCCAAACAGCUAUAUACACGGUCAUCACCUAUCCGAUGAUUGGGUUUUCUCCAGCAGGCAACAAGGUCUUAUGGUAUUUCUACACGAUGUUCUGUACAUUGCUUUACUUCAGUUAUCUUGGUAUGCUAAUGGUUUCAAUCACACCAAGCCUUCCAAUGGCAUCAAUACAGCUAUCAACCUGUCACACAUUAUUCAACAUCUUUGCUGGCUUCCUUGUUCCUCAACCACAAAUUCCAAAAUGGUGGGUUUGGACAUAUUACGUAACUCCAACUGCGUGGACUUUGAAAGGUUUGCUUACCUCACAAUAUGGGGAUAACCAUAAGCUGAUUCAAGUGUUUGGAGAAAAUAAAUCCGUAGGUGAUUUUCUGAGUGAAUAUUUCGGAUUUAAUUACAGUCAACUCCCUCUUGUGGGCGUCGUUUUGUUUUUAUACCCAGUCGUUUUUGCAUUUUUAUUUGCUUAUUGUAUUGCAAAGUUACACUUCCAAAAAAGGUAA